AUGUCGUCGUCGUCGGGGCAGACCACGCAGUUUCGGUACACACAAACUCCGUCGAAAGUUCUGCAUCUGCGGAACCUUCCAUGGGAGUGCACCGAGGAGGAGCUCGUCGAGCUCUGCAAGCCCUUCGGCAGGAUCGUCAACACCAAGUGUAAUGUUGGCGCCAAUCGCAACCAGGCCUUCGUCGAGUUUGUAAGUGAAAAUCGUUUCCUCCCUCUUCAUUUUUUUCCGAAUGUUUGUGUCUUUCGUUGUAUUGGGCAGAUAAAUUGUGUCAAUUUUACAAUUCACGUCUGUUUCUCGUGGUUCCAAUAAGUCACCGUCCCGUUUCUUACCUGACGCGUCGCUUCUUGAUGAUUGCCUUAGAGUUUAUAUAUCAAUCCCUGUUGCGGUGAGUUAACGAUGUGUAAUCUCACCCUUUUUGCACCUGGGUGCUCUAAAUUCUUAUAGAUCAAGAGAACAUGGCCGUCCCUGUCGUAUUAUGAUUUGUUGUCGGCAAAUCUUGUUUCUUCCUAUUUGAUAGUUGUAUUGGCAAACCGAUGGUUAUCCUUGGCUUUAAGUAAAACUGGCGAAUUCGUGACGUGGUCUUGGAUAAACUAAAAUUUUCAUAUAACGGUAAAUGGCCAAGGAUGGUCAGAAGUAAUUUAUGUGAAAAGGGUGCUGGAUAGUCAUUUUUUACUCGUGGUGAAUGAUUGGAUAAAGGAAAAGGAUAACCAUAAUUUUUCUGUGUUAUGAGCAGAUAUCUCUGUGCAUUUUCUUGUAUUAUUAUUUUUUCUUUAUUAAUUAUUAACAUACCAGUCGAAGUAGAUAUCUUUGGCUGGUUGUUGUUUGUAUCUUAUUUUAUAACAUUUCCAUUUAGUCCUCGCCUGAUGCAUAUUAAGCCUUAGUUUAAAUUAUUUCACGGUGAUAGGCUCCAUAUGACUCUGUGUGAUAACGUCAUAUGCAAUGAAGCGUAUGUCCACUUGAGUGCCUUCACAUGUACACCUAUUUCAAACUGGAAGAUAAUUUGUUUUGUUGCUUUCCAGGCGGACCUUAAUCAGGCUAUUUCAAUGGUUUCUUUUUAUGCCUCUUCGUCAGAACCUGCUCAAGUUCGUGGAAAAACAGUUUAUAUUCAAUACUCAAACCGGCAAGAAAUUACAAACAAUAAGAGUUCUGGUGAUGUUGCCGGGAAUGUUCUGUUGGUGACCAUUGAGGGCGUCGAGGCGGGAGAUGUAAGCAUUGAUGUAAUUCACUUGGUAAGCCCUGCACAGGAAUCUGUUGUGCUUUUCCAUUUUCCAUGUUGAUAUGCUAUUGUCCUCUUUUUCAUUAGUUUCAUGGUAGGUGGGUAUAAAUCUGUUUACUUGAUGAGUGUGAUAAUUUUUAGAUAUUUAUCGUCGCUGCUGAAUACUUUGAGCACUAGUUGACAUGAUCUGCAUGUAUGAGCAGGUCCUUGUAAACUGGGAGAUUUACAAAUUGUCAGCCCACUACGUUAGAAGAAAUAUCACGUGUGUCUUAUUCCUCUCCUCCUUGUUCCAUUCUAAGCCUUGAAGAAUCCAAUAUUUUUCUAACUGUUCUUAAUGAACCAUGCACAAUCUAAAUUGUAGGACGAGGUCGACAGGUGAAGAGGAUAUUCUUCAAGGUUGAACUUCUAAUCCUUAGGUGUCAUAAACGGAAUUUACAAGUUUACGUAUGCCAACUGUGCAAGUUAACUCUGGGAUUUCUUUCGGACCAACUCUUUUACUGUGUCUUGGAUCUUGGAUGUUGUUCUCUACUUUCCAAGAAGAUUGGUGUUGAUCUUUUUGCUCGAAAAAAAUUAUGAAUUCUUUGGUUGACCAUUUCUUGGAAUAUCUAGGUUGAACUCUAGAUUCUGCAAUUCAUCUAAACUUUACUGGGCAUUUAUUUUCAUUUUCUUGCUCAUAAUAUUUCUUUUAUUGGAGACAGUGGAUACUUAUGACCUCAUGUUUGAUACUCGUAUUUAAGUCUAUUUCGUGAUGUAUGAUGGACUUGGAGUUUUAAUGAAUGUCAUGCACAUAUCUACAGGUGCACUUCUGCACUUAUACAUUGUGUUUACUUUGUCCAGUUCUUUUUUGUGGAUUAUGCAUAUAUCGAGGUCUGUUGCUUUUUGUUUGGAUUUAUCUGAAAUAAAUGUCAUCCAGGUGUUCUCUGCCUUUGGAUUUGUGCACAAAAUUGCUACAUUUGAGAAAGCUGCUGGGUUUCAGGUAUAUUUCAGUAACUUUAUUGUGAUAUAUAUUUACAUUCAUCAUUACAAAUUUCAUAGUUCAUUUUGAUUGUUUCUUCUAGUCCAAAAAUGACUUGCAAACUUGUGAUCAAAUCUAGGCACUUAUCCAAUUUAGUGAUGCGGAGACUGCAUCAGCAGCAAGAAAUGCCCUGGAUGGAAGAAGCAUUCCAAGGUGUGCAUUUUUUUUGUAUGCUCUCUGAAGUAACUUUAGCGGCGUAUAUCUGGCGUUCAAAAGAAUUUUUUGAUUUCUUUUUCUCAGGUAUCUGCUUCCAGAGCAUGUCGGGUCCUGCCACUUACGCAUUUCUUUUUCAGCGCAUACUGAUUUAAACAUAAAGUUUCAAUCACAUCGGAGCAGGUAAUUAUUUGUGACUGUAUUAAUCUUAUGAUUACGUUUGACACCUAUUUAAAGCUUUAUCCUGCGUUGCAAGUUUUAUUUGUUGAGUGCAUGUCUUCCAAUUCUAUAGGGUGAAGAGCUGCUAAUUUACUUCUCUGCUCUGUUAUCUAGGGCGUAGUGAAGCCACAUGCCAAGAUUGCAGAUGUGUUUUUCUGCCUUUGUAAUUGUAAUUUUCUUCAUCUCAUAUUUGAUGAUUUAAUAUCUAUUCUGGUGCCCCAGUCCCAACAUUAUGCGCACAUUUAUUUUUUCUGCUCAUUGUUGUCUGUUUGAAUCAUCUAGGCUUAGAUGCAUGAAAGAAUUAUGAUGACAUGAAUGACAUUUUUAUUGGUCUUUUUUUUUUCUCUAACAGAAUGGUGCCCUCUGUAAGUUUGAGUCUUAGGGAAAGUUUUCUUAUCACUGGUCGUGUCCUUUCUGAUUAGUGCAUAAUUUUGCGUUAGUCUGAGGUAUUUUCCCCACGGUUUCUUUACGACGUUUCAGGAAAUCUAUUGGGCGUGAUUUAACUUGGGUUAUUAUGGUUUUGUCCUUUCAGGUUUCUAUAGGUUUACAUAGAUCAUAAUUUUAAUAGCCGGGCACUUCACCCCGUGCAAGCGAUGAUUUUUCAAAAUAUUUAAUUAUAUUGUCUCUAUUUUCCUUGCUGGAUUCGUUCUUGAAUUGGCCAUAAUUUUCGUGUGUUAUUUUUUCCCUUUCUUUUGGGUUGCACGGGGGAAGGGGGGGGCAUCCGUUAUGUUCUUUCUGGUGGACUUUCAAGAACCAUGGAUAGAAAGUUUCAUUUUUCUGUGUCGUUGUCGUGGAAAACAAGCUUUUUGGAUACACACGACCUUUUGUUGAUUACAUUCCUACAUCUUUGCUUGCGACAGGGAUUACACCAACCCAUACCUUCCUGUGAAUGCUUCUGCCAUCGAAGGAACUGUGCAGGUGAGUCCGUAACAUCGAAGGAACAGUGCAGCUUUGAGGGCUUUUUCAUGCAUUAACUUAUCUCUAAAUUAUAUCCUUACAGCCAGUCCUUGGUCCUGAUGGGAAGAAGAAAGAGCCCGAGAGCAAUGUUCUCCUGGCAUCAAUAGAGAACAUGCAAUAUGCUGUGACAGUUGAUGUCCUCCACGCGGUAAGCAGGGCUGUUCUUCUCCCCUUUCCUUCUUUUUCCGGGCCCUUUUAAAAAGAUGCCACAUAUUGAAUUUGAGCUGCUUCCCACCCAGGUGUUCUCCGCCUUUGGUGCUGUACAAAAGAUCGCAAUCUUUGAGAAGAACGGCGGUACUCAGGCUUUAAUCCAGUAUCCUGGUAAAGAACAACAUGCCCUCUUAUGUUAUUAUCUCUUGCUCUGAACUCUAAGAUGUUACUUUCUUUUUUCUUGUUUUCUCAUUGAAUGGAAUAUAUAUCUAUGUAUAUAUUUGGGUGAUCCUCCUUUUGAAAUUGUCUGAUCGAUGGAUAAAUCUCAAAGUGUUUCUUCCUCUUCAUCCUUGUAGAUAUCACGACCGCUGCUCUGGCAAAAGAAGCUUUAGAGGGGCACUGCAUCUAUGAUGGUGGCUAUUGUAAGCUUCAUCUGUCAUACUCUCGUCAUACUGAUCUCAAUGUAAAGGUACAAAUAUGAGUUUUUUGAGUUACAUAUCACACGAGACCAAAAUGGAAAAAAAAUAAAUUGGUUUAGAUCUUUUUUUGGUAAAGUCUGUGUUUUCUCCCGAUAUUGUUAAAAUUGAUACUCGCGAAUCAUUCCAGGAUUGUGAGCGUGCGUUAUUGUGAUGCAGGCGCACAAUGAAAGAGGCCGCGACUACACGAUCCCGGAGACGGGCAUACUGCCGCUUCAGCAAGGCCCUGGAGGGGCCGCCCACGCUGCGCCCGGGUGGCAGUCCCCGUCCUCCGCCACCGCGUACCCAGGGGCGCCGCCGGCUGACCGGCAGAUGCCGCCGUGGGAUAUGAGCGGCAUGCACCCGGCGGCAGGCAGGCCGCCCUACGGAAUGGCCCCGAGCUCCGGUGGGUUCCCUUCCCAAGGGUACCCUCCGCCGCCGCCGCCGCCGGCCAGCGCAGGGAUUCCAACCCAGCAAUACCAGUACCCCCCCGGCGGCCCUCGCCCCGCUUCAUCGGCGGAUCACCCACAAGGAGUAUCUCAACAGUUGCCGCCGCCGCCGCCGCCGCCGCCCUACGGCCGGCCCACCGCCCAGGUCGUCAGUCAGCCUCCCGUGUACUACUAA